AUGAUUUGGCACACUUUUAUUUCCUUUUUAGUCUUUCUGGAAGUUGUGAGAGGCGAAGAACAGUUCUUCGAUCCUUUGCGAUACGUUGAUCCGCUUAUUGGUUCUGCUAAUGAUGGCCACGUCUUUGCCGGAGCAAGCUUGCCAUAUGGUAUGGCCAAGCCAGUGGCAGAUACCAACAACAUUCCGUCUGUUGGACCCAAUAACCAGGGCGGCUUCGUUUCAAAUGAUCAAAGUCUUGAAAUUACAGGAUUUUCAAGCAUGCAUGACUCUGGAACUGGAGGCUCGCCUUCGUUGGGAAACUUUCCGAUCUUUCCACAAUUAUCAUGCCUGGACAAAACCAUUGGCAUAUGCAACAACACUUUCACAAAGACAAGUAGAAAGGUUCAAUAUAUAUCAAGCAGUGUUAAGGCGGUGCCAGGGUAUUUCAGCCUGAUUCUUAGCACAGGGAUUCGCGCCAAAAUGACAUCAACUCAACACACAUCAUUGUUCUCGUUCUCCUUUGAAGAAGAUCAAAGAAACAGCCCUUUGAUACUUUUGGACCUUACAGACCUUUCUGAUUCAAGGCAGAACGAUGGAGCGAUCUUCGUAGAUCAGCAGAGCGGGAGAAUGGUUGGUGGUUCAACCUUUAAGCCCAGCUUUGGCAUUGGAACGUACAAAGCAUUCUUUUGCAUAGACUUCUCUGGUGGAUCUUUGAUGGACAGUGGCACAUUCGUUGAAAACGUUCCAAACACCGCCAUUCGUAAUUUGACAGUUCCACCUCGGGAGAUAACGAAUGGAUUUCCAAUCCCAGAAGGGGCUUGGGUACGAUUCAUUCCUCAACAGAACAGUACAAUUUUUGUCAGGGCUGGUCUCAGCUUUAUCAGUGAAACAAGAGCCUGUGAGAAUGCCGAAACCGAGAUCCCGGAUUUUGACUUCGAGAAAACGAUGACAAUCGCUCAAAAUAAGUGGCGAAGCCAACUUGCUCCCAUCGAAGUCUCUACCAGAGGACUGAAAAAUAGCACGUUAGUCACCAACUUUUAUUCUGGUAUAUACCGAACUAUGGUAAAUCCACAGGAUUAUACGGGAGAGAACCCUUUGUGGAAAAGCAAGGAGCCUUAUUUUGAUUCCUUCUAUUGUCUCUGGGACUCAUUUCGAUCCCAGUUGCCUUUUUUGACCAUUAUUGACCCGAAACAAGUGGCUCGCAUUAUUCGGUCGCUUAUCGACACAUACAAACAUGAAGGCUGGUUACCAGACUGCAGGAUGUCACUUUGCAAGGGCUUUACACAAGGGGGUUCUAAUGCCGACAUUGUUCUUGCCGACGCAUUCGUUAAGGGGAUACGCGAUGAUAUCAAUUGGCAGCUUGGAUACAAGGCUGUUGUAAAAGAUGCGGAAGUAGAGCCUUAUGACUGGUGCUGCGAAGGUCGUGGCAACCUCGAAAGCUGGAAGAAGCUGGGAUAUGUCCCGAUUGGAGACUUCGACGUUAAGGGAUACGGCACUUUGACCAGGUCCAUUUCAAGGACUCUUGAAUACAGCUAUAAUGAUUUUUGCGUUGCUCAAAUAGCAACAGGCAUGGACUCGGAGUCUUCCGACAUCCUGAAAUACCUUCGGCGAAGCAAAAAUUGGAUGAACCUCUUCCGAGAGGAUAUCAGGUCAUCAAUCAAUGGAUUUGACACGGGUUUUGUUGGCUUCUUCCAGCCGAAGUACACAAACCUAUCCUGGAGCUAUCAAGACCCGAUAUAUUGCAGCAACAUCGAUACAAACCCAAGCCGUAUCUGUUCCUUGCAACCAGGAGCGUCCGAAACAUAUGAAUCAAGCAUCUGGGAAUACAGCUUUUUCGUGCCACAUGACCAAGCUUCACUUAUCACGAAGCUUGGUGGACCUGACGAGUUCGUGCGACGAUUGGAUUAUCUCCAUGACCGACGCAUCACUCUUAUAAGCAAUGAGCCAUCCUUUUUGACUGUAUUCCAGUACCAUUAUGCUGGAAGGCCGGCACUCUCAACGAAGCGUGUGCACUUCUAUAUCCCGUCCGCAUUCAAACCGACACGUGCUGGUUUACCAGGCAAUGAUGACAGUGGAGCGAUGGGUUCAUUUUUGGCUUUCGCUAUGAUUGGGCUCUUUCCAAAUCCUGGCCAGGAUGUGUAUCUCAUCACCACGCCCUUUUUUGAGCGGGUAUCUAUACGCUCGCCAAUCAAUAAUAAGACAGCAACAAUAUCUGUGGUGAAUUUUGAUCCAGAUUACGAAGAUAUCUACAUCCAGUCUGCAACACUAGAUGGAGUGGCGUACAGCAAAAAUUGGAUCGAUCACUCAUUCUUCUUGGAGGGCAAAGAGUUGAUACUUACGGUGGGCAAAAACGAGAGUUCGUGGGGCACAAAACUUGAAGAUCUCCCGCCUAGCUUGAGUGCUUAUGAAAGCGCCAAUCGGUGAAUUAAGUUAAGAAAACGCUAACAUCACGGUAUUACUUCCUAGCACGCUGCCAGUUGGGACUUCAGUUUAGCCGAAGGAGUUGCCUGCUUACGCAAGGCUAUAUAUUAUGAUCCUCUCACUGAUACUAGCAUCCAAAUUCAAUGAUAGCAUGGACAUUUGAGAGUUAUGAGAUGUAAGUGGACUGGGUAGAUAUGAGACAUGAAGAGAGGUUUAGAACUAAAUCGUGGUGAAGAAAGAGGACACAAAUGGAAAUGUAAAGUUGAUAAUGGAAAUUGAUAACCAUCUAUUUGUUCUAGA